AUGGCUGCGUUGGUCCAAACAAUCCCGCAACAGAGUGGCACGGUACCUGUGCUUCAGACGCGUCCUUCUUCCUCUUCGGGCACCUUCUCUUCCCCUCAGAGCCAUCCGUCUCGCAUCCAGACGAUGUCGUGGUCUUCCUUCAAUGGUAACUCGGGGAACUAUCGAGCAGGCCACCCGGUUGUGGCUCCUUACGCCUACCAAAACACAAAUCGCCAGUCGUGGUCACCACACCUGCGUCCUGAGCAUCGCACCUUUUCCGCUCCCGCUCAAGGGCCUGGAACCUCGACCCCCAACGGCGCCACCCCCCGAACUUCACACCUUGCAGCUGGUUCUGUAUCGAAUUCCUCCAACUCUUCAUUCCAAUCCGUUUCCAAGGACGACAGUGCUCUCCCCUCACGCCAGCCCCGGACCGAUCAACCCGUCCGCCCCUUGUCCAUCGCCAAUCUCCCUUCCCCCGUCGCGGGAGGCGCUUCCUCCCCUAAGCCAUCCCCCAAUCGGUAUCGCCGAGGCAAUCAGCGAGCCGACACCGCUGCCUCCACCCCGGCUACUGCGGUCCCGACCGUGGUGAUCGAUGACAUGAGCACCCCCAGACUCACUCGACCGACCCUUCACACUCGGGUUUCGAGUGUGGACGAUUCAUCCCAUGCGGAGCGGACACAGCCCGAGCGGUAUCGGCGACGCAGCGUGGGUAACAUGGAUGCAUCGGCAUAUCCCAAUCUGCAACUGGACCUUUCAACGUCCACCCCUGCCCCUGCCCCUGCCACUACCCCUGCACAGUCAGGAUCUUACGACUUCAUCUCAUUUGAUAACCAAAGACCCGGUUCAUCUCACUCUCAGCGAAACAGCGUGGGCAGCGUCCAAUCGGCACAAUCGUCUGCAUCCUCGGUACGAGAAGGCACACCUGAUUCCACUGCCAGCAAGAGCAAGCCCGAGGAUAAACGUACGAGCAAGCCCUCGCCACUAUCGCAGCCCGCGUCGACCGAGCCAGAAACCCCCAAACCUGCCCCCCAAGCCACCCGGAAAGCGACACCACCACCCUUGGAAUCCCCGGCUGCGAAGCGUCUCAAUGAUCUGAAAAAUGAUCCGAAACGCCCCGGAAAGUCACGCCUGCGACGGGCCUUCUCGUUUGGAAGUGCUUCUGAGCUUCUCAAGUCAUCUGCAGCAUCCAAUGCCGCCAAGCGAGAAGCGUUCGCGGCGGAGCAGGAGCGCCGUGAGGCUCUGCGACAACAGCUGGGUCCUGAGCAGGCAGCGAUUGCGGAACAACAGGAGCUGAGUGGUCUGGGCGAGAGUAUCUACUCUGGCCAAGGCCAUUUCUUCACGGGAUCCAACGACAAUCUUUCAGUGUCCUCGACCGCCUCCUCGGCGUCCAUGAUGCUGCGUAAGAUGGGCAAGGGCAUGAAGCGAUCGACUCGCUCCUUAGUAGGCAUGUUCCGUCCUAAAUCGGUUGCCAGUAUCAAUUCCGUUGAGGGUGCAAAGGAUGCUCCACCUCCGCAGAUCACCGUGGUGAACGUCGAGGCCGAGCGGGAGAGCGUCGCUGUCAACCCCGACCCCGCGGACCUCCCCCGUGGAGCCACUGUCUUCCCCAAGGUCGAAGGCAAUGCCGCUGAGAUCCGACGAUCCACCUCGAUCCGGGAACGAGCCGCAUCAGAGAACCUUCAAUCGCGUAAGAGCAUUGUUGGAGGGGACCAAGAACGUGCCGAAAUCCUGGCUGGCAUUCGGAAGGGCAUCUUGAAAAAAACUCACUCGGACUUGGGUGUAUCCUCGCCUGCACACGCACUGUCUGCUGGUGACUCACCACACUCCAGCGCACCCCCGACUCCCGACGAGUCCGCGCGAUCCCCGGCACAAAAUGAUUCCGUCAAGAUCGCUGGCGAAGAUUACUUCCUCUCCAACGCUGGACGUUUCAACUCCGAGUCCAAGAGCGCCCCCAUGACUCCCCACUCGGUCGGCAACAGAAACAUCGUCUUCAGCCCUCGCAUCCAGUUCCACGAGACCUGGCCCAGCGGCGAGUACGACCGUCGCGGUGAAAUUGCUACCUGCAAUCGUCUCACUCCUCUGCUUGCUCAGCAGAUCCGGGAGGAGAUCAACAACUUCAAAAUGGAGAUGGAAGUUCACGAAAAUUCCAAAAUCUAUACUCACUUCAUCUAA